AUGAUUGAACCUGAAGGAGGUCCAUGGGGUGAGGCGAAAGAUUGGGUCUAUUGUCGUCCGAAUACAUGGGCAAUUGGUUUUUUACAACGUGUUGAAGCUCCUUGUCGUAGGUGUGAUGAUACAGCCUUAAAUGCAUUGGAAUUAAUUUGUGGAGGAGCGGAUGGUAUUUCUGUGGAAAGAAUUCAAUCAUACGGUGGCUUAUGGGGCGCAUGGAGUGACCCAACACUUUGCUUUGGAGAAAAAAAUUUUUUGCAAGGCGCACAGUUUCGUAUUGAACCAAGGCAGGGGUCAGGCGAUGAUACGUCAGCUAAUGAUAGUCGUUUUACUUGUACGAAUGGAAAUGUAAUCCAAGCAUCAAAUGGCGCACCUUGGGGCGAUUGGAGACUAGCAGCUUCCUGUCCACAAUGGUCAGCAAUAUGCGGAUUUCGAUUAAAAUUUGAACCGAGUCAGGGUGGUGGCGACGAUACAGCAAUGAAUGGAGCCAAAUUCAUGUGUUGCUCACUACAAUGA